AUGAGUGGGGUGUCAGCAGACUGGGAAAGGAAAUUACAGACCAUUCGGGCAAACAUUGCAACAGGCAAUAUUGAAAAACUGUUUGGAGAAGAAUAUAUCGUCAUUGAUCUCUUGAAAGUCUUGUAUGAAGACUCAUUAGAUGUGUCAUCCAAGGUAGAGCUGCUUGUUUUGCUAGAGAGCUAUGGUGGAUAUGGAGGAAUACAGUCAAGCAGUGUUGACCAGAUUGUUGCUUCCUUGUUGGAUGUGUUCCACCAGUACCAUGGUAGAAUUGAUGGACAGUCCUUGUUCUUGGAGCAGCUUCUUCUGACCAUUACUACACUGCUUAUCCAGUAUGACCAGCUGGAUGGUGACCUCUUCAAACAGUCCUGUGAUUCUAUUAUGAAUGUUGCCACAUCACCAAGCAAUGUUUCUGACACCAAGAGACUCCGAUCAUGUGCUUGUCAAUGCCUCAUACAGUUUGAGGAAUGGUUGCCUGGCUGUCUUUGGAAAGGAAAGGAAACACUUAGGAGGAUUUUGAAAUUGGAGCGAUCAGAUAUAUACCAAGACUACCUGCUGUUGAUCGUCAAGGUGGUGGAAAAUGCUAUAUGUUCCAAUGGUAAUGAUUCACCAGACAUGAACAGUGGUAAUGGACAUAGAUUGGAUCGCCAGUUUUCAUCUGACCCCCAGGAAAUGCGCCAAAUGGUAUCCAUGGUGAUGGAAAAUGUGGUAGUGCUUACACCAGGUGGACUAUGGCAUAUUGUCUUGUCAUUGAUCAACUUCAUUCAUCAUUUACCAGAGAUGACUGCUAUGAUAUUCAAGCCACUGAUGCUGCAUCAUAUGGCCACCAUGGAUAUUUGUAUAUUGCAUCUAAUUCUGUAUCUACAGAGAGAGUUUGAGAAGGAAGUGUUGAUGGAAGGGGAAGAAAAACAGUUGAUUCAGAGCCUCUUAACUUCUAUCAAUCAUCCCUCAUUGAGCCCUGCUCACAGACUUUUUGUGUGUCAUUGGACUAGACAUCAUUCACUGUCAUGUGAUGAAGGCAGUUACUUGUUACCUGCGGUGAUGGCAGAGAAGUACCGGCUGUGCUUCUUCCCUAGUGUGUUUGAUCCACCGGACUGUCAACUUGCCAAGCUCUGCCUUUUUAAUCUGUGCUUCUCUCCUCUACCUGAAGAGCCAAGUGGUGUGGCAGCAGCAUUGUUGCUAGGCAGUGUUGGAUACCUUCACAAGUUGGUGUGGCACACAGGAAGUGAUCGUGUGGCUGUAAUUCUAUUCCGUGCUCUAUUUCACAUGUAUCAGCGGCACUGUAGCAAAUCCUUCUCUCAAGAUAUUAAUCGGUUUCUCCGAGGCCUGAUCUCUGGAUUUCCUUACUUUAUACCACAUGCUUUAGACUUCAUUGAGUGUUUGAGAAAUACCACACCUGACAGCCCUGUUUACACAGAGAUACUGAGUUUGCUCCACCAUCAGAUUGUGACCACACCAGAGGAUCAGACUGCAGCCUACUUCUAUUUCUACCUCCUGGUUAUGAAAAGUGCUUCUCUGCAUACAGAAAUUGAGCCCAAGUCCACUGUGAAGUUUCUGAGCUACUUGGCAAACCAUUCUAUCAUGAUAGAUGAUGGCAGCUGGUUACUUGGUAAUGGAAUCUUGUCUGUUGUUCAAAAUCUACUUAUAUGUCAUGGAACAGAGGACCUCUACCAUGCUGUAGGUGACUUGCUGUUCUACAUGAUGACAUGUUACCGAGAUAUAGAUGUUCGUGAUAAAUCCUUGUUCCUUUAUGCCUUGGUCACCUCCUCUACUGAUGACAAGAUCAGAGGACUCCUGCAAACUAUGUCCAGUGCUCAAAGUGUCCAUGAGGCAUUGUCAACAAUACUUCCUGGUGCAUUAGAUAAGAACAAAGGCCAGAUUAUGGUUUUGGAUACUCCAAUCUUCUCAUUAGACAGGAAAGAUAUCAAAGCAGAAAUAGACAAAUCAGCAUUAAUAGAUGUACAGUCAGAAGUUAAUGACACCUUUGAAGACUAUAUACAGAGACUACAGAAAUGCUCCACCAUUCUCACCGCCUCAUAUAGCUUGUCACUGACUAAAGACAAUCUUGAGAAAGUAUAUGCAGUGACUGUCCAUAUAGAAACAGCUGAUACAUUGGAAAAAGUCAAAGACCUACACAUUUCCAGAUUAAAGAAGAGAGAUUGUCACCAAGUAACACUCACUAUGUCGCCAAUAAAACCACUUCCUUGUCCUUGUCAGGUUUGGAUUGAGUUUCUGGAAGGAAAGCAGACUUAUAAGUGCCAGACUGAUGCUGUGAUCUUGACAUUGGAUGAUUUCAUGCUACCUCUACAGACCGACCUGUCAGCGGGUGGGGCCAAUGAUCUAUUUGACCUUAUAUGGCAGUGGUGUACAAAUAACAAUAACCAAGAUGAUGGAAAUAACCAAGGCAUUGAAUCUGUCAAAGUUCUCCACAUGUCGCUGUUCGAGUUCAAGCAAAGAACCAGUCAGAAGCUACACCAUUAUAAAGUAUUGGAAACUGAUAACAAAGAUUCUUCGUCAGUAUUGAAGUUUGCGAUGUUCCUUCCAACACAGUAUCAUUUGUUGCUGAGCUGUUGUGAAACGAAUGAUAACAUUUGUGUCUCCAUUGCAACAGAUUUUUACCCCAUUUUGCCCUAUGUUGAUGAAUUCCUUACAAAACUUUGAAAUUUUCUCAGUACAAAUGAGAUUGAAAUGAGUGCAGAGUUAAUUAAAACUUAUAUAUACAUUGUUUAACAUAUUUGAUAAUUUUAAGAUAAAAACAAACUUCCACUGACAAUACAGUGUACCUGGUCAAAUGAAGAUGGAACUCAAAUUGUACUGAUACUGCUUAAUAUAUAGAAUUUUCUGUGUGUACUGAAAACGGUUUUAAUUUCUUCUACCAAAAAAUUAAAAAAAAAAACAUUGUGCCAAUGUGCAUUCAAGUAGAUCAUGCAAAACAAUUUCCAAUUUCCAAAGCAGAAAUGAAAAAUUAGAACUUGAUAUCUGUUUUGUAAAUGGCUGUGUGGUUGUGCAACACAAUUUUGAAUAAAAUUAUUCGGUGAAUUACAGCCCCCAACCAAAACACUACCUUACCAUGGUGAAUCCAUCCAUCAAGUAUGAAGUUCAGGUGACAAGAAAGGCAGGAGAUGGGGCCUGGACAUACUUUUAAUUUGAUGUAGGUGAAAGGUCAAACUAUAGGUCAGGGUGACCUACUACUGAUUCCUAACACACUACCUCAUCAACAUAAACAGAUACCCUUGAAGUGACAAGUAAUGUAAUUCAGGGACUAGUGAAUCAAUUUUCCAUGAUAAAAUUUGGAUUUUCAGGGAAACAUGAGUGCUCAUCUAAUAACAAUGGCAGAGAAAUAUUUUGAUAAUAUAUAUUCAUUAAAGGAGUAUCGUUAUAGCAAAGCAGUGCUGACAUUGUAUAAUUUUAACACAUUCUUUACUCAAUUAUUUUUCAUCAAAACUCAUAUUAAGGUCUUUUGACAUAAAUUCUGGAGACUUUUAAGUAAAGGAGAUUUAUCUCAAAUCAAAUAUGCAUCACAGUAACAUAUAUUUGGAAUUUUAUUGACUUUGUAAGAAUGAUACAGAAGCUAGAAUUUUACUAUUUACUAUGGCUGCCACUCCUAUUUUCUGGUUGAAUGUGGUCCAUUGAAAUUUGUCUUACAAGCCACAGAGGGAGAUAGACAGAUUGAUGUAAAUUAUUAUAGAAAGUUGUUAAUGUUAUAACAGGUCAUAUGUUACUGUUUUAAAUUUGAUUGUACAAGGUAACAGUCACAGUGUAUAAAUCUAUUUGUAUGAAAGGGUAGUGCAAUAAAACAAUUAUACAUUA